AUGCGGGCGCCGCGCGCAGCCCUGUACUUGCUCGUGGGCGUGCUCCUGCUCGGCUGGGCGCUUCCCCUGCUGGGCAAGUCCGACCUGGACGACCCAGAGGCGUUCCUCGGGGCCGAUCAGAAGAUCAAGCGCGGCGACACACCAAGCCAGGUCUACGAUGUGCCAAUUGACGCCGACUCCGUGCGGCCGACGCUGGUCUGGACGCAGGCGCCGUUGUGCGCGAGGCGGAGCCACAUCGUCAAGAUCUCGAAUCCGCGCGAGGACGCGGUGAGUCUGGUUCGCUACCAGACGUCGACGCCCGAGUUCUUCACCGAGGCGGAGGUGCCGGCUGUCCUGCCGUCCAAGGGCACGCUCGACAUCAAAGUCACCUUCGCGGCGCGCUUCCUUGGCCUCGUCGACGGCGUACUCACGCUGGUGUUCGACACCGGGGACCAGGUGCUCCUGGAGCUGGCGGGAAGAGGCGUGGAGUCGCCCCACAUGAUACGUCCGCUGUUUGGGCACAAAGUGUCCGUGGAAAAGCCAGAGCCCCUUCUUUUCUCCAUGUUCAACCCGAUGCCGUUCCCCAUCCAAGUCCACGAGGCGUCGGCGGCCGACUCAACCGUGCUGCUACAAGUCCCGUGGCACGACGACGCCAUCCAGGAACGCGUGGCCUUCGGCGGCGACCCGGGCGGCUCGGGCGCGGCGUCCUGGACGAUUCCCCCGGGGGAGGCCCGCGACAUCUUGCAAGUCAAGCUCGCGUCGCCGGUGCCGGGGCACUACUCGACCGUCAUCACCAUUUCCACCGAGGUCGAGGACUUCCUCCUCCCCGUCCAGAUGCAGGCCGUCGGGCGCGGCGUCUACGUCUCCCCCGACGAGCUCGACUUGGGCUUCCUCCUCCCCCAGGACACGCCGUCGUCCUUCUCCGUCUGGGUCCUCAACAACGAGCCCACGCCGCUGCUGGUCAGGGAUAUCGUCGCCACGCGCCGCGACGGCCCCGUCCUCGACCUCCAGUCCGCCCCGGGCGCGGUGCUGCCGCCGUUUGCCAGCACGCAGGUGGCCACGGUGCGGCUCGCGCACGGCCGCGACCACGAGCUUCUCGGCCCGCUCUUCGUCCUGACCAACCACACGACGCACCAGACCAUCCAGGUGCCCCUCAUGGGCCAGGUCUCCACGGGCUCUCUCAGCUACCAACUCGGACCAGGCACCUUCCAUCUGGCGCACGGCACGCUCGCGCAGGACCUGUACAUCACCAACAACCACCGCACGCGCGUCGGACUCCUCGCCGUGCUCUCCGGGAGCACGCGCAUGCACGUCUCCGGCGUCGGCGACGGCACGGCGUGGGCCGCACCGAAGCACAACUUUCCGACGCUCCACCUGGUCGCGACCGUGGGCGCGCGCUCGACGCGCCACGAGGCGCUCGUGGUCACGACCGCGGGCACCGAGGUCGUCUCGAUCCCGAUCCACCCGGGCGCGCUCGAAGUGAAGGUGCUCGACGGCGCCGUGCUGCCGCUCAUCGACGCACAGAGUCUCCUGAUGGACGAUGCUCUCAGGGUGGACCACGAGCGCGCGGAGGCCGACUUCGGGCUCGUGGCGGCGGGCGCGAGCCCGAGGAUGCUCCUGAACGCGACGAACAACGCUCCGACGCCGAUCCGGCUCGUCAACGCGACGGGACCCUCGGGGCACGUGGACCUGUCCGUGUUGGGCGUCGUGGCGCGGGACGGGCGGCGGCUCGCGGACGCGGACUUCCCAUUGGUGCAGUUCUCGAAGGCGGACACGCCCGUGCCGGCCUCGCCGCGGAAGAGCGUCGGACUCGACAUGGUGUUGCCGCCUGGGUGCUCAGUGGUGCUGCUGGUGACGCUGCGCGCGAAGGACCCCGGAGCGAAGCAGGCGCUGCCGCGGCUGUCGCGGAUAUCGAUCUGGUCGCCGCAGACCGUCGCGGGCGUCGUGCCGGUCCGCUGGCAGCGCACGCGCGCGGGGUUGACGGUGGUGUCGCGCACCCCGAAAGCCGCGCCGCCGGGGCACUUCUUCACCGAGGCGCUGUACCCCGGCACGCAGCAGAUCUUCCCCGUCGUCGUGCAGUCGCGGCUGCCCGAGGAGAUCCACGUGCACCGCGUCAGCACCACGGAGGCGUGGGUGGCUGCCAUUGCGCGCGACGGGCGCCUGGGGCCCGCGGACGCCGACGGAGCGCCGUCGUCCGCGCGGCUGUUCGACCUCCAGGUCGCGCCGGGGCUCAUGCCGCAGAAAUACAACUACCUCUCGGACGGCGGGUUCAGCGACCACGCGAAACUGGGCGGCAUGACGGACCCGUUGAACGGCUGGGACAAGGCAGCCCUGCGACGCCGCUGGGCCAUCUGGGAGCAGGUGCAGGCCAAGGGGCUGCACAAGUCCACGGCCAAGGUCCUCGUGGACUUCACGGGCCACGCGAUGGUCACGCUGCACGUGCACGUACGCAUGGUGUGGCCUGCGCUGGUGCACGGCGCCGCCUUGGACGGCGACGGCGUGCCGCUGCCGGCGACGCUGCCGCCGGCAAAGGCCGGCCGGAACACCGGGAGCCUUGAGCUCGCGGCUGCGGCGUCGCAGGCGGCGCUGGGCGACCUGCCGGAAGGCAGCGCGCCCGUGCUGGGCAACGGCACGCGGCGAUGGGUGGACUUCGGCACCGUGCCGUGGGGCGAGGAGCGCGCGGCGUACGUCGACGUCGUCAACCCUACGCCGUACCCCCUGAGCUUUUCGGCCGUGCUGCCGGAGACGUCCCACCAGACGCUCUUCGAGCAGAAGCGAUUGCUGCGCGGCGUCUCGCCGCUGACUGGCGCCCUCAUCCGCGCGAGGGACUCGGGGAUCGAGACCGCGGACGGCUCCGGCGGCGACGGCACGACGUCGUUCGUCCUGCCGACGACCGGCACGCUCAUGCAGGUCGUGCCGCCUGGCGGCGCAGCACGCAUCGGUCCGGUGUGGUUCGUGCCCCGGGCGUCGGGCCCCGCGGAAGGCGAGCUCUACAUCCGCAACAACCUCACGCUCGCGGAGCGCGUUUCGCUCGUCGCGCGGACCGCGAUGCCGGACGUCGCGUUCGCUGCCGCGGGCGAGGAGGGCGACGACGCCAACGACAUAUAUUCGGACGCGAUCGUCCUCGGUCCGCCCGCGGCGGUCACGCGCAUCGGCGGCCAGAAGGCUGCUGCGUCGACGCCCGCCGACACGCGGGCGCCCACCCCCGGGUCCCUGCGGCCGUGCCCUGCAAGCGUGCUCGGGAAGGUUGGUGCGGGCGCAGAGCAUCACCAGGCGCCCGAGGCGCUCGAGUGCACGCGCUGGCGGCUCGCGGUGGUCAACCGCGGCGACGGCGGCGUGCUCGUGCACCGCAUCGCGGCGCUGAUCCCGCAGGGCGUUGCUGACGUGGACGUUGUUGUCGAGGAUGACGCGGGCAUCCGCGUGGCCGGGCGCGAAGCCCCGGCGCCCGCGGACCGCGGCGAGCAGCGCGAGAUCGCGGACGAGUUCAUGUGGUCGCCUGGGUUCAAGGCGCCGCGCACGUUCGACGCGGAGUGGACUGUGGAACCCGGCGAGACCAGAACCUUCUUCGUGUGGCUCGUUCCCGAGGCCGGCCGCGAUCUCCCGCAUGGCGUGAUGGACGCGGGCUGGAGCGCGUCGGGGUGGCGCACGCGCACGCUCGCGCAGCAGAGCCUGCUCGCGCAGAUGCAGCUGGCGAUCGACACACAGCUCGGCGUGAUGCGACAGGGCUUGCAUGUCCAGGCGAAGGCGCCGGGGGGCUUCGCGGCGCUGGCGCUUGGGUCCGUCGGCAUGCAGGGUGCGUCGACCGCGGCCGCGGUCGCCGGCUGCGCGGUCGCGGCGAUGUGCGGCACCGCGCUGUACCUGUGGGCGCCGACGAAAGCGCGCAGCGCGCCGCACGCCGGCGCGGUCCCACGGAGCCCGUCGGCGAACGGCCGGCCGCUGCAGGCCACGACGUCCGGGCGCCGGGUCGCGACGAGCGCGUCGGGCCGCGCGAGGGUCUCCCGGACGCAGUCCGGCAAGCGUUUAGGGUCUGCCGCGCAACAUCAUUCCGGGGGGGUGUCUCCGACGUCGCGGAAGGCGUCCGCGUGCGAGGAACCGCCGGAUGCGAUCGCAGAGCAGCAGGACGAGCGUCCGACCUUGCCUGCGGGCCCGCCCGCGAGGAGGGCCCCGGGGGGGAGUGGGCUGUCGCUUCCGGCACUGCUUCCGGCGGCAACGGGCCACCUGCGGUCGCUGCUGCUGCUUGUCGUGAACGCCCUGGUGAGGGAGCUCGCGGGACUGCAGAAGCGGCUCUCCGGGGAGCGCCGCAGUCGGGCUGAGGCAGACACCGCCCUCCCGCCCCCGGAGAACCGCGCGAGUCAGUCGAGCGCCGCGGAGCGGCCUGCGGCGUCUCCCGACGCGGUUCCGCACGUCACUACCGCGCGUAGGCGCGUGCGGAAGUCUCCUGCGAGGCAGCGGCAGGACCCCGGCGGCAGGACCAAGGCAGCGGCGCCAGGGGAGUCCUUCGGCUCCACAGUUGAGAGCCCAGCGCAGGGGUCGCCCGGUGCCGCGCAGUCGGGGCAGCCUGCGGCCUCCGACGGCGCUGCGACGCCGGUCGGCAUCGCGCGGAACCAGUCGGUCGGGGCGAACCUCGCGGGCGAGGCGGCGGCGGCGGCCGCUGCGACGACGGAGCCUGUUGCCGUGUCGGCAACGGAGGUUGCGAGUCCUGCGGGCGGGCGCGUGGCGGGCCGGCCGGGCAAGGCGCCGUCGCAGGUCGAGAUCCUUGGGAACCCGUCGGGCGCGUCGUCCGGCAAGCACAGCUCCGCGGGCGGCGCGCAGCCCUCGUCGGUACGUGCAACGCAACACCACGCUGCUGUCGACCACGACGUGGCGUCCGAGCUCCUACACAAGGUCCAUUCGCCGCGCGGGGCGGGUGUCGACGAUGCCGCGAGCGGCGUGUCCUCUUUGGCGCGCAGCGCCACGUCCUCCGCCCGUCGCCGCGUGAAACGUGUACAGGCAAUCGUUCCAACGACACUCGCGCACAACAAGGCCGGCACGGGCGACAAGGGCUCCGCCGCGACGGGGAGCGGGUCGCAGGUUGCGGGGGCGUCGUCCGGGGAGCGCCGCAAGGAGCCGAAGGCCCCUCCGACGCCGCCGCCCGCGCCGCCGCCGGCUCCUCCGCCGACCGACCGUUCCACGGGUUGGGGGAGUCUCGGGAGUGUCCCGGCGUCGCCGCGCACGGGGACCGCGAUGUCCGAGAACACGGGGACCGACCAGGGCGACCCAGACCGCCCGCGUGCCGCCGGAAAGGGCGCGAAAGCGCGUCGGUUCCAACCAACAUAUUCUUCGAUCGAUGCGCUGCGUCCCGGCUCGAUCUCGCGCGGGCUGGACUCGCGCGGGCUGGAGUCGCGGUCCCCUCCGCCGCCGGUGCCUCCGUCCGCGCGGCGAUCGGGCGGCAGCGACGGUGCGCACGAGCCUGGACGGUUGACUCCGCGGCCAGUGACGCGUGCGACGGGGCCCGUGGGCGGCAGCCCGCGCACGGACGACGCGCGCGUCGCGAGCGGCGCCGAGCCGCUGGAGUCCCAGCUGGCCGCGGUGUACGACCUGCCGCGGGAGGACACCCAGGAGGGGGCUUUCACGGGAGCAAGGCUUGCUACGGAUGCGUGGCAGGCCAGCGGCGGCGUCCUGCAGGCUGAGCAGGCGCCGGACGAGCAGUUCCCUUUCGACUCGGCAUUCGAGAACAUCCAGUCGGACUUGCGGUUCCUCGAGCAGACGUCGUCCGGCGCGAACGCAGCAACGGCGGGUGGCGGUGGCGGCUUCGCGGAUCACUCCGAAAUGAUGGACCUCUCCGCGUCGUGGGCGACGACGGACCUGCCAUACAUGCUCGCCGUUGCGCAGCAGGAGGCCGGGUUCGCCGCCGCACCCCCCUCGGGGCCUGACGAUUUCUACCUGCAACACAACCCCCAGCUUGAGCAGCAGCAGGCGUACGAGGCGUACGCGCAGCAGAUGCGGCAGUUCAACGCCGAGGGCUCCGUCUCGUGGGAGGCGGGCCACACCGACGAGGCGGUCUCGUACCAACGCCUCCUGCAAGAGGCGCUAGCGCAAAGUCAGGCGAACGCCGAGGCGGCGCGGGCGCGCGAGGCGCUGGCGCUGUCGGCCGCGAUGAGCUCGGGGUACACGAGUACGUACGAUGACAUGGUUCGACAGCCACAGCAGAUGCCGAUGGGCGGCUGGCUGCCCAUGGGGAGGAGCAUGCACGAGGCGUACCCGGGCGCGCCGGACCAGCUGGGGUACGGGUCCGUCGAGGACGCGGAGGCGGAGGCGGCGGCCGCUGCUGCUCUCGCGGCUGCGGAGGUCGUCGAGGAGGACGACAGCUGA